AUGUAUGAGAAUUUGACCAUGCUGAACCUACAAAACAGCUCCAGCUGGACUGGUCCUAACAACUGGUACCAUCCGCCCGACACCAUCACCACACAACACGGAGCAGAUGGUUGCGUGGAGGAUCUGAAUGUGCAGAUGGCUGGGGCUGGAGAAGGAGUGGUACAAAGAGAGAGGGAUGAGGUGGAAGAGUCACAGCUACAUCUGCAGCUGAAGAAGCUGCAGAGGAACCGCACCAGCUUCACCCAGGAGCAGAUAGAUGCCCUGGAGAGAGAGUUUGAAAGGACACAUUAUCCAGAUGUCUUUGCCCGAGAAAGACUGGCAGGAAAAAUUGAUCUUCCAGAAGCUAGAAUUCAGGUAUGGUUCUCCAAUCGGAGAGCUAAGUGGAGGAGGGAAGAGAAGCUGAGAAACCAGAGGAGAUCAGGAGGCACGAGUUCCUGUUCUCAGACACACACUCCACUGAGCACCUCAUUUAAUUCCCCUGUAUAUCAUCACAGCAACAGCUCAGGCUCAAUGCACAGUCGAAGUGAUUCGUCUCUCUCAGGCUAUGGCUCCCUGUCAGUCUUCUCCAGUAUGCAGUCUUUACCUUCUCAAUCUACUCCAACUUACUCCUGUAUGUUGCCCCCUUCUCCUUCUGCCCUGCCACCUCUUUCUCGUAAGUUUGACUCCUCAUCUUACACCUCUCCCCACCUCCCGCCUCCUCCCACGGCCAGUGCAAACACAGGAUUUUUUCCUGGUGUUUCUACAGCGGGACAGACCACAGUUCAGGGGAGUGACCAGGAGCUGGGUCAAGGUCUGAGUCAGUACUGGACGAGACUGCAGUAA